AUGGGGAGAAAUAGAGGCAGCAUAUUCGAAGAAUUGUCCAAUACCUUCGUCUCCACCGUGGAAUGUCUUUCUCCCCAGCACAAAGAUCUGCUUGCCUCUUGCAAAACUCCCGAUGAUCUGGUAAAACAACUCUCGGAGAUCGAGUCUCUGAAGAAAGCCCGGCGACGUGAGACGCAGUGGGUCGGAUCCAUUCGGAGAAUCAUCGAGCGACUCGCGCCAUACUUCGAGGCGAUUGACACUCUAGUCUCAUGUGAUCCAAUCCAUGCGGCUACAAUAUGGGGUGGCCUCCGGGUGGUGCUUCAGCUCGCGAGCAACUUUGCGACGUUUUUCGAGAAGAUUAUGAAGUGCUUGGAUCGAAUAGCCGAGAUAUUUCCGAUAUAUGAAAGGAUAGAAAGACUGUUCGAAAGCCAGCCGCCUGGCCUGCAGUCGUCGCUGGAGCAUCUGUAUACGGAUUUGUUCCGGUUUCUGUCCGAGGUGCUGCGCGUCUUUUGCAAAGCGACAGGCGGAAUCAAGAGCACGGCGCGUGUAAUUGCGGCAACGGCUUGGAAACCCUUCGAUGAGGUCUUUGGGGAGAUUACUGAAGACAUGGAGUUUCACCGUGGCUUGCUGAACCAGGAAAUCUCAUAUCUCCAGAUGGGCCAGUUGAGGACUACGGGCCGUAAUCUCGAAUCCGAGAUUCGGAAGGCCGAAGAAGAACGCAAGCAGGCCGCGGUCGCGAGGGAAAAGAUUCGAGAUAUGCUCGAGCAACAAUGGAAAGAUAUGACAUUCGAUCGCCUCCAGAAAUGGAUUGAUCCCCCUGAAUUCGCCGAGAGGUUCGAAGAUUCCCUUGCGGCGAGAGAAGAUAGCACGGCCGAGUGGAUCUUCAAGGAUAAGACAGCAGGUAAUCCGGGCUGUGGGAAGAGUGUCCUUGCCGCCUCCCUCAUAGACCAUAUGAAGUCCAACCCAAUGACCAAGAACUCGAUGUUCACAGGUAGUCACGCCGAGAGCCCAAUAUGCUUCUAUUUCUUUGAGGCUGGCUAUCAAAACAGAGACGGUAGCACGGCAGCGUACCGUGCGAUCUCAGCUCAAUUGCUUCAUUAUUUCCGUGAUGACAUGGAUGUCCAGUAUCUAUUCUCCUUCUGCAUGACAACAUCUGAUCAUGGACAAAUGAAAGCAUCCGGAGAGGAGCUCACAGACCUGAUUCUUCUCAUCACCGAACAUUUGCCCAGGCUGAUGUUUGUUAUUGAUGGGGUCGAUGAGUGCAAAGACAAAGCCAAGUUAGUCUUGUUCAUCCAGAGGUUAUCGCAGACCACAUCGGCACGAAUCAUCGCUUUCAGCCGCCCGAAUGUCCAAGAGCUUUCUGCCAGAACAAGAGACGACAUGCGCAUCGCCGUAAGAGGGAAAAAUGAUACAGACAUUGCUCUCUACCUUUCCAACAAACUGUGGGAGCUUGUAGAGGAUGGUUACUUUCCAGACAACUUCAGCUACGAAAGCAGGAUCCGUGAGUUGACCCAGAGAGCAGACGGUAUGUUUCUGUGGGCGCGUCUUCUCAUCGCCUAUCUGAGCUCUCCCGCGUUGUUGUGUGAAGACCGUGAAGCUAUAAUUGCUGAAGAGAACCUACUCGAGGGACUUGAGAAUAUUUACGAAAGAAUAUUCGAGAUGAUCUGCAGAAGUGGAGCCCCUGAACGCAGGCUUGCAGGGCACAUCUUUACGUGGCUUCUCCAUAUGAAACGGAAAUUGACCGUUGCGGAACUUCAUGAGGCCUAUGUAACUUCCCGGCAAGUAUCCGGAACCGCUCACAAGGACCGGUUCAGAGAUUUUGAGAACGUGGUCAUCAUCACCUGUGGCGGGUUGAUUGAGACUGAAUAUGCAACCAUCCGCGCUCAAACUCCACAGCAUCGUUACCUGCGAUUCAUCCACACCUCCGUUAGGGACUACCUACAGUCCUGCGUGUCGGAGCAGAUUCAUGAUCAUCGGAUCACAAACAGCGUUCUUACACUAAUUCAACCCUCUGCGAUCGCGCACUUGAACAUAUCAAAGACGUUGCUGGCAUAUUUACAAAAGGAAUUGCGUAAUCAGACAUUGACGGAGACUCUCACCACGGUGGUCUCGAAGGAGGCAUUGGAUAUGAGGUUGCCGUUGUGCAGUUAUGCUGCUGUCAAUUGGCCGUACCAUCUAUCCAAAUGCGGUGUUGGAUCUGCUCAAUCCGAAGCAUGCGUUUCUCUGCUCGCCGCAGUAUCUCAAUUGAUGAAACAGAAGUUUACCCUGAUGGCAUGGAUAGAGACAUGCUACACCAAUAAAAACCCCCCUUCAACCAAUGAGCUACGACGCUGCGCAACGCAGAUGACAGAUUUCUUCCUGACCAAUCCAAUUUCAGAACGUAAUCUAUCUCGUCUCCCACACGACCUGCUGGAAUUUUGCCGAGAUCUGGAAGACAUUGAGGAGAAAUGGGGCCAGACACUCCGUGAACGGCCGAGUGGCAUAUGGGAAGAACUGACCGCAUUCACACCCAGCUCAUUCCUUGCGAGGACAAAAGAAGUGACAGUCCAUUCCCUAGAUUCUUCGAGUCAUCUUAACAACGAUAGACACAAAGAAGCAUUUUCGAAGGUUUCGCAGGUAACUCGGGACGGGCGAUACGUUGUCGUGCUAAGCAUUUGGGCACCCACGGAGUUCAUGGCACUGCGCUCGAAUUCGGAGGCCUCAUCAUCCAUUCAGCAAGUGUACCGAUAUAUACAAGGAUGGGUCGCUCAAUGGAAUGCAUAUUCCGCUGAUACGCAAAAGCUCGUCAGCACCUUGACGGUCCCUAUCGAUAAAAACGAGGUUAUGCUGCAGAUGCUUCACACACUGUGGUAUUCCACUCGCAGCAAUGAAUGGUAUCUCCAGUUUCCCAUCUCGAUCGCUCCGGACGGACGCCACUUCAGCGUUCUGCGGACCGUCUAUGUUGCGAUAUUGACAGCCGGUGAACCGACCGCCGCCGCUAUGUCUCUUCCUCUCCAGGAAGUACCCAAAGUAUUCAAUUAUUGGCAGAUACCACAGCAGGAACUACAGGGAGACAAUCCCCCGUGGUGGACUGUGGACAUAGGCACGCGGUCGACAGACCAGGAUUCCUGUAACGUCUACUUUUAUUGGAUCUUCUUCGAUGUCCAUGCACAGUAUAUCUGUUUCAUCGAUCAGCCACUAGGCGAGCAGAAUAACCUUGCAGUGUUCGCAAUGGCGCAAGAAACGCAUGCUCUUGAGCUGUCUCUGACACUAGUCGCACACACCUCGAAGAGACUGGUCGCUCCAAAGAGGGCAACGCAGCGAUUAUUCGAUAAUGAACGUGAAGUUCGACAAUUCAUGGUGGUAUUCCAUCCCAGCUUACCUCUACUUGCCCUCGCUGUGUCUCGCGCGAUAUGUCUCUGGAGCUUUAGCACUGGCCCAAACAAACUCAUCGAAGUCGCUCGUAUCCGGGGCGCGAUCGAAAACUUGAGUUUCUCAAGCUGUGGGCAAAGGAUUGUCGCGACCUGUGCCGGCAGCUCCGAUAUCAUUGAUAUCCCUCGUCAAUUUCUUGGGCACCAGCUGGAUUCGAAUAUGUGUCAACAGCCCAUAGUAUCGCCGCAAGGCUCUUCGAAGCCGACUGGCUUCUCCGCAGCUUCCCUGCACCCUAAACAUGCGUUAGAAGCCACAUGUGCGACGGUGCUGGCGACGGAUCCCACGAGUGCAGCUGUGUUUGCCACCCCGAGCUUGUAUACAGCCCCGGAUGGUACACCCAUCGUCUCGCAGAUCAGGAAUAAAGGUACUUCUAUUGUCGCCAGUCAUUCGGCUCAAGGUGCAGGCUACGACAACGCCGGUAGUCAGGCCUUUCCUAUCACAAUGCUGCCAAGAAUGCCCGGCAUUGAAGAGCUGCGGCCGGAGAUGAUUAGACCCCGCACUGUUGUCGAUUCGCACCGAUUGGUACUCAACUCAGUCAAGCGAACGUGGGUCAGUCUUUCGAGGUCGCCCCGUGAGGAGUAUCCGAUGCUGGUGGAAUUUGAUCAACAAAUGUUCCGGCAAGGAGAUAAUUCAAGGUGGGUCGAAUCUGAAAAAGGAAGCCACAUUUUAGAGUGA